AUGGUGGCUGUCAAAAUGCUAAAAGAUCUUGGACAGGGUGAGAAGCAGUUCCGAGCAGAAGUGCAGACCAUUGGAAUGCUUCAACACAUCAAUCUUGUUCGUUUGUUUGGGUUCUGUGCUGAGGGAAGUAAAAGAUUGCUGGUAUACGAGUACAUGGAGAAUGGAUCUUUGAGUUCUCAUCUGUUUUCGAAGAGUUCUGUAAAAUUAAUCUGGGAGCUCCGGUACAGUAUAGCACUUGGAACUGCAAGAGGCUUGGCUUAUCUGCAUGAGGAAUGCAAGGAUUGCAUCAUACACUGCGAUAUAAAGCCAGAUAAUGUACUCCUUGAUGCAGAUUUGUGUCCUAAGGUUGCAGACUUUGGUAUGGCGAAGCUUCUUUGCCGAGAUUUUAGCAGGGCACUGACAACAAUGCGGGGGGCCAUCGGAUAUCUUGCGCUGGAGUGGAUCUCAGGGCUUCCGAUCACACAUAAGUCUGACGUUUACAUCUACGGAAUGAUGCUUCUUGAAAUCAUUUCGGGGCGAAGGAAUGUGGAGAAAAUCAAGGAAGGGAAGUUCACUUACUUUCCCAUCUUUGCGGCAGUCAAGGUGAAUGAAGGAGAUGUUAUGUGCCUUACUGGAUAUAGGUUGGAAGGCGACGCAGAUGUGGAGCAGCUGAGCAGAGCUUGCAGAAUCGCAUGCUGGUGCAUUCAAGAUGCUGAGGAUCAUAGGCCAAUGAUGGGGCAUGUUGUUCGCAUGCUAGAGGGUGUCAUGGAUGUUGAAGUACCUCCUAUUCCGAGGUCGCUGCUGAAUUUUGUGGUUUCUGAACUGCAAUUUGUUACUCCCUCCGUCCGGAAAAACUUGUCAUCAAAAUGGACAAAAAAGUAG